UGCGACAGACUAUAUACCAUACCAUACCAUACCAUACCAUACCAUAUCAAUUGAGCCAGGAGCCACUCCGAGAAAACCUACCCAGCAUCAACAGCAACAAAUAGCGACUACACCAGCAACCAGGAAUUUUAUUUUUUUUGUUUUCUUUCAGAACGGCCUUCACCAACUGGACUAGCAAAACCCGCCAGGAAGGUUCUUGCCGCCAUGGAGAGUAUCACCCAAUGGGACCCCAACAGGGUACAUCAAUGGAUGUGCUCGAUCGGAUUCCCCAACUAUGAAAAACAGAUAAAAGACAACGGCAUAUCUGGAGACUUGCUGAUUCAUUUGGAUCAUGCAGCACUUAAGGACUUGUCCAUAUGGGAAGUCGGCAAACGUCUGGUCAUCCUCAAAGCCAUCUACCAGUUAAAGGUCUCGUACGGAAUCUCGCUCGAAACAGGAGACUAUGUUCCUCCAAGUGUCGCCUUUGAGAACGAAUACAACUAUCAGGCGGCAGCAAGUCUAAAGUCCGUCGAACAGGCCAUGCACGAAAAAGAUAAUACAAUUCAACAUCUCGUGCGGGAAGUCGAGCGAAUGUCUAAGGACCUGACCAAGGUGAAAGAUGAACUCUGGAUUAUGCAGAAGGACCAAAAACCUCUGCCGGAGCCCAGCCCAGGAUACCCAAAACCUAUGAACGGCCAGUCGUCCUCAAUGCUUUCGGCCUCACAAUCGACACACACACUCAACUCAGCACUCACACCCCAGUCACCUAUCCAUUCGUCCCAUAUGAUGAACUCUGUACGGUCGCCUGGAUACUCAACAGAUUCCGGAUUCCACUCAGUACCCAGUUCGCCACACUCACCCGCGGAUACUCGUGACGGAAAAGCGGCCAGUUCCCCUGGUGUCGAUAGCGCUGGCGCUAUCAAGGUCUAUGGACAGAAGCCGUCGACGGUGCGCGACCCUGUGGAUGCAUUCAGAAGCUUCAGGAUUUCUCAGGACGAUCCAUGCUAUAAGGUCUUGCCUGCUGCCCUGAAAAAAUACAAGAUUAACGAUGAUUGGCGGCAGUAUGCACUGUUCAUCUGUUAUGGCAACACUGAGCGCAUUCUGACAUAUAAUGAUAAGCCGCUGCUGAUGAUGAAGCAGUUGAAGGAAAACAAGGAGAAUCCGGUGUUUAUGUUGAAGCACAUCAAACAGAUGAAGUCGCCUGCUGUCUAUACGGCCUCGCCGCCCAGUUCCUUCCCGCCACGAAAGAGCUCGGAUCUGAUGAACAAGGAACUUCCCAUGCCACCUGAGGCCAUGGCAGGCGGAAACGGAUCUUCCACGGGACCCUUUGUUGGAUCAAAUAGUUUGGGCAGUCAUCUCAAUGGCAGUGGAGGGGCAUCUCUUGCACGAUCAGGGACAACGGCUUCAAUGAGGACCUCUAGCAAGACCGGAGGCAGCGCUUCUACUGCUGCUACGCCUACAACACUGGGACCAGCAACAACACCGACAACGGCAUCUUCGACGAUGGGCAGCAGCAUAAACUCGAGGCUCGAGACCUCCUCGGCUACGACGCCUGCGAUUGUUGGACCGAAGCCCGAGAACUAUGUGCAGGAAACAGUGGAGGCUUCAGGAACCGCAGUGGCGUUGUACGAAUGGGAGGCCAAGAGGGACGACGAGUUGAACGUGAAGGUCGGGGAUGUGUUCAAGAUCAAGAGCAAAGGACACGGAUGGUGGAUUGUGCAGCGAGACGAUGAGAUCGGCUGGAUCCCAGCGAGCAUCUUGUCGGAGAACAAUUCUGAGGAUGGAAUCUUUUCGGCCGAGGGCGUUGCGAUCUUUGAUUUCGCGAAGACCGGACCUAAUGAACUUAGCAUCAAGACUGGAGAUAAACUGAAAAUCUUUCGGCGCCAUCAGCAUUGGCUUCUGGCGACAUGCGAGGGCCAGCGUGGAUGGGUGCCAAGUUGGUUCGUCAAUCUGGACCUGCAGCAAUGAAAAAAAUAAAAUGCAUUUUUCAUUUUUUGAAAGGCCAAUAUUUGUGCCUGAAUUUAAGAUUUUGAG